CUGUAACUACGAACGUCCGUGUUUUCCGGGGAAAUGUCAAGCUAACGGCGCCACCGUUGUCUGCAAUUGCAUGGACGACUUCGCCGGAUCAUUUUGCAAGGAGUUGAAACCUAUCCAGGCACCGAAGGUAACACAGCUGCAAGCCAGCUUUUUAUACCGUCGUGGACCGGAGGAAGUCUAUGGCGUCAUAGCGGACAGUUCAGGGAAGCAAGAACAUGCCGGCGUAUGGACAAACCUGAACCAGCUAAACAACCUCACUGUCACUGCCAGUGCGAUGUCCGAAUGUAGAGAUCUUCCCGCACCCCCUGCUUAUAUUAGCGAAUCACUUAUUGGAAUUGCCAGGGCCUAUAUUAGACUAGAUGGCCCCGUUGUAGCAUCCGCCCACAGCGACCACACGUGUGAUAACACCAUCGGUUCCGAGCACCCCAGGAAUAUAGUUACUUGCUCCUUCGGAAAACAGUACACCAGCCGAUUAAUUGAUGGUGACAAAUUGAAAAUUACAUUCCGGGUGACAAGUGGAGGCUACCGGAAGUUGUACGACACUGGAAAGCGACGCGUGACAGCUACGGAGAAUUACCUAGGGACCGAGACAGUCAAGUCAGUGGCGUUUAACAUAGACUUGGUGGAACCUGUUUACAGCGACCCAGACGCGGCUUUUCGAAUCACUCCUGAAUUUACAAAGACCACCAUCAUUUUGAAUUGGCAUGGCUGGUCUGAUGCUAAUUCUGGAAUGGACAAAUACAAAUGGGAAGUCUACAGACUUCAGCCUAGUAGCGGAGGAGCUCUGUCGGAGCUGGCGGGACCUGUAAAUCAUGGAGAAGUGCAACACACAGCUCCAAUCUCCUUCCCCGUGCCCUUUCUUCCUGAAAAACCGGGGAUGUAUUCCUUCCUCCUUGAAGCUGUAGACAAGGCCAAUAACUCUGUAUACAUGAGAAGGUUUGCACUGUGUGACAAAGAGUCAUCUGUUACGACUGAUCCAGACCAUGCCCUGUACAUAUCGUCAGCAGUGCAAGACCAUGGCUUCCAGUGGAUAACUGAUAUUUCCAAACCACUAGUGAUCAUAUGGCAGUAUCACUUUCGUAAUUACGUUCACGAGACUGGCAAAUAUCUCAACAAAAUCCUGCCCCUCAAGAAACAGAUUGUGAAAGACCCUCCAAUCUACAAGCAAGUUAUCGAAGCGAAUGACGAUAAGUAUGAAAGAAGAACCACUGCGGCCAUCCCCAAUUCGAGAGGGAUCGUGAGGUUUGAAUGGACCCACGCUAUCAAUAAGACAGGGGGUAGAAUUCAGCAGACGCCUCCCAACUGGGAUGACAUACCCGGCCUGAACACCUCUUUGCACUUACCUCCAGAAAACGUUACCAGCGGGAGCACCAUUACUGUAUGGAUAAGAGCCAGGGACAUCCUCGACAAUAAGAAAGUGGACUCGACAAGUGUAACCUAUGACUUCACGAAGCCGCAGUUUAGUAAGAUGACAUUCCUUCAAAACGAGAUAUCAGACAUCCCUUCAGUUCAGGAAUGGAGAUUAGAGUUGAUGGUGCAGGACCCCGAGAGUGGUAUUCAUCACGUGGAGGUCAAAGUCACGCAGGUUGGCGGCAACGUACUGACGAAGAGGAAUUUGACUGUAGAAGCCGUUUCUAUUCUUGCAUGCUUAAGUAAGCCAAACAGUUGUUAUUGUCCAAAAGCCCUGAACACGUGUUAUAGACGAGUCUACAAAAUUUACAUCAGCAACUGCUGGCUGAUGGUGGCCAAGGAGGAUCUCGAAUCAGCUAACAUUAAGCUGGAGGUGGACGUGGUCAACAGAGCGGGACUGAGGACGCCUAUCCCCAGAGCACACACGGUGAGGAACCUCAUGGAAAUUAAUGGGACAUCAGCAUAUUUUGGGCCCAUGAACGUGAAAGUUGAGAGGGUGACUGACACAACGGCCAAUGUGUCGUGGACACACGCCCCCAGCUGCCAUGAGCGCACAUUUGUAACAGUUACAUAUGAAUCCGAGUCGGUGGCACCAGCGACAGUUCAACUGUACAAAGAUGCAACAUACCAACUCUUGAAGGGUCUCGAACCUGGCGAAACCUACACGGUCAAGGUCACAGCAGACUACGGGGACAUCAAGAGUCCACCCAAAUCUGCUUUCUUUACUGUGGAGGAUACAGGUUUAGGUGCUGGGGCUAUAGCGGGUAUCGUUGUUGUGAUGAUACUAAUCCUAGCAGUCGUUGUCGUGGGAUUGUUCAUGUGGAGAACGGGCAAGAUGGCGGCGUUGAUAAAUCGACGUCAGAGCGUAUACAGGGAACGUCAGAAACCGGUUACUGGGAGAAUCAACAAUGACCUGCACCGGCCUAGGAAAGGCACAGUGUGCUAUCAUAACAAAACAUACGAUAUCAACGACGACAUCUAUGUGUACGGCAGCAUGUCGUUCACGACGGAGCAGCCUUGGUACAUCCGCAAAGAGGACAUGACGUUGAUGGAGGAGAUUCAAACUGGCCGGUUUGCGCGGAUCUACAAGGCUUCUCAAAAGACUGGAAGAACAUCGAGCGACAUGGUAGCCAAAGUGUUGAAAGACACUCCAGAUGAAGACAACAGCUUACUGAUGAUGGCCAAGAUCAACUUCGCUGCAACGCAGGUUGGGGAACACCGCAAUGUGCUGAAGUUUAUCGGUGCUGUUGUCAACAACGAUGCUCUGGGCCCCGUAAUGGUGAUAGAGUACUGUGAGAACGGACAAAUGGACAAAUGGUUGAAAAACCAGAGAAAUGGCGUCAACGUGGACAUCUUAGAGACGAUUCAGAAAUUCGGAUUGGGUGUUGCAAGAGGAAUGGAAUACCUUGCCAGUAAAGGGAUUACCCACAGGAAGCUGGCUGCUCGAAAUUGCCUCUUGACCUUCACAAAUGAGGUGAAGGUCGCUGGCUUCGGACCAUCUCGCUUGGAUGAUGCCACUGAAGAUGAUAACUCCAAAGGGGAUCGAAUUCCCGUGAAGUGGACGGCGCCAGAGUGUCUUCAAUCUCUGAAAGGAGCCAAUGAGAAGAGUGACAUCUGGUCCUUUGGAAUCACUAUGUGGGAGAUCUUCAGCAUGGGAAUGACGCCCUAUUCAGACAUCCGCAGCAGAGAUCUAGCUGUCAAAAUCAGGAAUGGUUUCAGACUUCCCAGACCAGAAUACGCUGAGGAUAUCCAUUACGACCUGAUGAAACCUUGUUGGCAGCAGAGUCCCGACAAAAGACCUACGUUUUCGGAGGUUCUGGGAAAGCUCGAGGCGUCGUUCGGUCUCAGACCCACUUCCCAGGAAGUGUAUUACUACUCCCAGUAACCGAUUGAUGCGAAGACACAGAUUUACCUCCCUUUGACAUUCGUGACCAACUCGUGUUAUUCCGGGACAAGCGGAAUAGCUUCCUGGAGGUUACGACAGGGGCGAGUGGUGACGAGUGUUCCUUUUGAUUGCUUCACCAUUUGUUACUAAGCUUUGGUGCCUUAAGGUUGUAACGUUUUAAUGUUUUGAUGCAGAGACCAUAUACCCAGGGACAGACUUCCGCAGCGUAUUUUCAGUAACGAUCAGUCUCACUCCCACUCUAACCAUCAACCAAGUCUAUUGCAUUCAUACUGUAACGUUUCUGUCAAUUGUAAUCAACUGUAACUGGAAUCAACUGUAACGUUUCUGUCUUAAGCCAUGUCUAUUUACCUGGCUCCCCCAUGCUGUUUCAGUCCUAAUUCCCAUUAUACUGUGCAAUCACUCCUUGUAUAUAUGCCUUUCAAUCCAUAUUCUGUUCAUCACUUGCUGGGGCGAUGGGGUAGCCCAGUGGUUAAAGCGAUCGCUCUUCACGCAGAAGACGUGGGCACAUUGUGUGAACCCAUUUCUAGUGUCCACCGCCGUGAUAUUGCUGGAAUAUUGCUAAAAAAUGAACUCACUCACUCACUCAUCACUUGCUUGAUAAGGGUAACAGAACCUACACCGAAACGUCGUUCUCGUCCAUGUAUUCUUCUCAUUCCUCAACAAAUCUCGCUGUUUUGCGAGCGAGAAAGUCGUUUUGUCUCAUCAGUUAUCCGUCUCGAGGUCCGCCCCUCGUUAUGUGUUCUCUGUGUUGAUGUAAUUCUUUGAUUUACAUUUUACAGCAUUUGAGCCCUAAAACUUAUGUAAUGAUAUCAUAUUUUAUGUUGUACUGUUAACAAUUCGCACCCAAACCACUCAGCAAAUGAAGCAUUGAUUUGACAACAAUCGAGCAUUGAGUGUAACACAAGUGUGUCUUUUAUGUAUGACUCGAUUAGUUGGUACAUUAUAUACAAUCGUUUUGAAAAAUAUGAUGUCGCUGUUGUUAACCUGUUAAACCUUUUAUUUCUUUUCUAAGAGAAUAAUAGCAAUUUCAUAGCAUUUUUUUCUUCAUACUUGAUGGUAUUAUGAAAAGCAUCUUCUGUCCCCGAAGAAACUGGAAAACUUAAGUUGCAAACCUACAGACCUGGUACCCCAAGAUUUUCAGCUUGCUUGAUAUGCUUGAUGUCUUGGAGAAAAAGUCAAAUUCAACAAAUUAAAUUGUACUGUUUGUCCCUGCUUAAAAAAUUAUUGUAAUUGAUAAAGAAACAGAUCAGCAAGGCCCCUAUCUUACCAUAAUUAUGUUUUAUACCUUCAGAAAAAGCUGAACAUAUACAAGUAUGGGUAUUGCAAAUUUACCAUUUACCAGGCAUAUUGUAGAUUAUAUGUAAUAAGUCGACUUGAGUGUCCGAGAUGAACAUUAUUCACGGAAUCUCGUUUAAAUAUGUCAAUAACGAUAUGUUUGAAAUGUGUCAUACGCUUCGAUAUCGUUUUAACAGUUUUAUUGUGUUCAGAAUAUUGGGUUAAUGCGAUGCGGACCAUAAAUAUUAGUAGAGGCAAUCCAAUCCUAUAAGUGAGUUAGCAUUAUCAUCUUAUGAUAAUGGUGUGUGUAGCGUUUAAGCCCUAUGAAUCCGCUUGUGCUUCUUUGACUGUUGGAGCACAUAUUCAAUAAUUAAAGUAACAUUAUUAUCAUUUCAAUAUAAUAAUGCAUACAGUGUUCCCCGUCGGGUGAUGAUUCGAAUGUCUAGACAUCAGCUAUUAAUUUUUAAUAUUAGCUAUUAAAUAUUUUUUCCGAUAAUGAAGUUUGGGUUCACAGGAACCCGUUAUCGCUAUGUAGGUUAAACAAAGACCAUAGAUCUACACACACGUUAUAUAUAUGUUCUAUUUAUAUAUAUGACAUGUGUCUAUGAUCUAUGUUUAACCUACAUAGCGAUAACGGGUUCCUGUGCACUGUCUGUACAUGUGUGAAAAGCAUAACCUAUCAUCGAUUUUGUUUCAUUGAUUGACACAUCUCUGUUUGAGACAUAAGCCAAAUUCCUUUGACAGUUAAAUCUUUUCCGGGCUUCCAGAUCACUUACAAUAGCCCGCCGCCCGUGUGCUGUAAUAAUUAAGCUAAAGUGGUCAGUAGAAAAUUUGCUACUGAAAGUGCUUGCUCCACGUCAUAUACAGAUUGUCUUAAACUAAGUGCUUGUUCUACGUCAUAUACAGAUUGUCUGAAACUAAGUGUUUGUUCUACGUCAUAUACAGAUUGUCUUAAACUAAGUGCUUGUUCUACGUCAUAUACAGAUUGUACAUGAAAAGCGUCACACCUUUUUUAUUUCAAAUACACAGUAUUAAACAUGCAUGCUAAUAAACCACA